UAUCCUUUUAUACAUUUUAAUCGCAUAUAAAUUCCUUUUGAGUAAUGCCUCCAGCUAAGACAGAAAACUAUCACAGUGAGCUUCUCAAUCAGUCUUAGCAAAGUCCUUUAGUAAAUAUUGGACUGGAGCCAGUAAGCAUCUAUAUGAGGCAAUUAGGUUUUAACGGCAGGAUUAAAAAUUCCUGAUGAUUCCCUCUAGGCAGCCUCAUUUUGUUUUCCAGUAACUUUCACACAUCUGUCCAUACAAUAUUAUUUUAGUCUCACUACCCUUUGCUGUACACUGACCUUUUAGCAAAGGUCAGCUCCCUACCCUUUCAGGAAGAAAGGCUGGAGUUUUUAAAUUCACCCAACAGAUCCAACCUCGGCCGGGCAUUUUCAUGUAGUCCUGAUUGGAGGGAAAAUGCUGGCUCGGUCUUGGAAGUAAACAUGAACUGAUGAGAAGCUAGGUCAUCUUUUUGAAGUGCAAAAGAUAAGAUGGUUUAUAACCUAAUUGCUAUACUCCUAUUUUGUAUGUAAACUAUUGAAUGAUUGUCUCUUUUCAUGUUGCUUUGCUGUCAAUUCAGUCGCUGUCAGUGUGGGAUUUUUUUCCCCCUAGAGUCACCAUGUAAUUUUGUCUCAUGAAAAAUUGUUCAUUCUAGGGGGUGGCAACCUUGGUGGGGUUCAAAUGUGGAGGCAUGGAGUUGUCCUGCCGGUUACAGGCCAUCUUAUUUCGUGCUAGAGGGGGGUAACGGAGUGGGGAGGAGCACCGGGGAGUCACAACCUCCUCCGCUCUGUCGCUCCGCCCCCCGCGCGCUCGCUAAGGUUUGGUGGGGUUUACGCGCUCCGAGCUGUCUUCCUGACCAAUCGGCUUCAUCCACUCUGCACUCCAGCACACUUGCAUUCAUUUAUUCAUGUGUACAUAUAUCAGUUAUUUUAGAUCAUAGCUGACAAUUAAAGUUUCAUACAGAUGGUUAUCUACUUGGAUAACCGCUCCACUCAGAUGUAUUUUUAAUAGGGCAACUCAAAAAACAAAAAGUCUCCAGUUAAAAUGGCGGCUGUAGCGUCAAGCAGACAGCUCAUUAUCUGUACUCCACCGCCUGCGUCAGAUGCUUGGUUAGAAAGACAGAAACGUGCGCAGCAACUGCGAUGACCUCUUUAUUUCAGAACUGUGGAGACUUCUAGAUACAAGUAAUUAAUCCACAGACCUUUUUUUCUCCACCCAUUGGCCAGGAUUCAGGAAAGCAGGCCAGGAUAAGGAAAUCAAAAUAUUUCAUGAAAAUGCUAGAAAGUAAAAAUCAAGCAAUAAAUAAUUUUUCUUUCCUUUUUUAAAAUAUGUAAUAAUAUUCCCAAAGAAAUGGGAUCAGUUCAUUUGGGAAAGAUCAAGCCAGUAGCUGCCCUCCUGUAAUUUGAUGUAAAAGCAAAUUUGAAGGCUAACUGGGAGUGUGACCAUAUGUCGCUGAUUAACUGUUCACAUGAAAGCCUUUCUUCCCUCCCACUUACCCCGUUAGCACUCCUUUUUGUUUCCUUUGAAAUGCUGCAUUUAUUGCAUGACUGAAAACUAGGAAUAGCAUUAUGUUUUUUUUUUUUCCUGUUUGUUGUGAUUUUGGUGUUUUAUUUCCAUAUUUUAAAAUAAUAUAUUGUUUGGAACCUUUUACUAACGAUCUUGUUUUCUGAUUUUGUCUCUUUUGGCUUUUUCCACAACUGAUACUGUUAUUUAGAAGGUUUCAGGUGGGUGACACUAUUCCUGCGUAGGUGCCUGGCGGAAAGGAACACUAGGGCAUCCUCAGUCCUCUCCUCUUCUUCCAGCCAGCUGCGAUCGCCACUCUGACAAAGUCCAAAAAUAUGGCUUGCUACCUGAAAGCCAUUGAGACUCAGCCCAACUUUGCAGUGGCUUGGAGCAACUUGGGUUGUGUGUUCAAUGCCCAAGGAGAAAUAUGGCUUGCCAUUCAUCAUUUUGAAAAGGCAGUGACUCUGGACCCAAACUUUCUUGAUGCGUACAUCAAUUUGGGCAAUGUUCUGAAAGAAGCCCGCAUCUUUGACCGAGCUGUGGCUGCCUACCUGAGAGCCCUGAGUCUAAGCCCUAACCAUGCCGUGGUCCAUGGCAACCUGGCCUGUGUCUACUAUGAGCAGGGCCUCAUUGACCUUGCUAUUGACACCUACCGCCGCGCUAUUGAAUUGCAGCCCCACUUUCCUGAUGCCUACUGCAAUUUGGCCAAUGCCCUGAAGGAGAAAGGAAAUGUUUCUGAAGCUGAGGAGUGCUACAACACAGCAUUGCGUUUGUGUCCAACUCAUGCCGACUCCCUUAACAACUUGGCCAACAUAAAGCGUGAGCAAGGCAACAUCGAAGAAGCUGUUCAGCUUUACAGAAAAGCCUUGGAAGUGUUCCCAGAGUUUGCUGCAGCUCACUCUAACCUGGCCAGUGUCCUGCAGCAGCAGGGCAAACUCCAGGAGGCCCUCAUGCAUUACAAGGAGGCUAUACGGAUCAGCCCCACAUUUGCUGAUGCCUAUUCCAACAUGGGCAACACGCUGAAAGAAAUGCAGGAUGUCCAGGGAGCGUUGCAGUGCUACACUCGUGCCAUCCAGAUCAACCCUGCCUUUGCUGAUGCUCACAGCAAUUUGGCCUCUAUCCACAAGGAUUCUGGAAAUAUCCCAGAAGCCAUUGCAUCUUAUCGAACAGCCCUAAAGCUCAAGCCGGACUUCCCUGAUGCUUAUUGCAACUUGGCUCAUUGCCUGCAGAUUGUGUGUGACUGGACUGAUUACGACGAGCGCAUGAAAAAGCUUGUUAGCAUCGUGGCUGACCAGCUGGAAAAGAACCGCUUGCCCUCGGUUCACCCCCACCACAGCAUGCUGUACCCUCUAUCUCACGGCUUCCGCAAAGCCAUAGCCGAGCGCCAUGGAAACCUUUGUCUGGACAAGGUACUCGCAAUGAUCAAAAUUAAUGCUCUCCACAAACCUGCCUUUGAGCAUCCUAAAGAUCUGAAGAGCAGCGGCGGCCGCCUGCGCAUCGGUUAUGUCAGCUCCGACUUCGGCAACCAUCCAACCUCUCAUCUGAUGCAGUCCAUCCCUGGGAUGCACAAUCCUGAAAAAUUUGAGGUUUUCUGCUACGCUCUUAGCCCUGAUGAUGGUACUAACUUCCGUGUGAAAGUGGUUGCAGAAGCUCAUCAUUUCACAGAUCUCUCUCAGAUUCCUUGCAAUGGAAAGGCAGCUGAUCGGAUUCAUCAGGAUGGAAUCCAUAUUCUGGUCAAUAUGAACGGAUACACCAAGGGAGCACGGAAUGAGCUGUUUGCCCUUCGCCCCGCCCCAAUUCAGGCAAUGUGGCUUGGUUACCCUGGAACCAGCGGCGCUCCGUUCAUGGACUACAUCAUCACUGACAAAGAGACGUCGCCUGUUGAAGUAGCUGAACAGUACUCUGAAAAACUGGCCUACAUGCCCAACACCUUCUUCAUUGGAGAUCAUGCCAACAUGUUCCCUCACCUCAAGAAAAAGGCUGUCAUCGAUUUCAAAUCGAACGGACACAUCUUUGACAACCGGAUUGUUCUUAACGGCAUCGAUCUGAAGGCUUUCUUGGACAGUCUGCCGGAUGUCAAAGUGAUAAAGAUGAAGUGCGACAACAACCAGGAGCCGGCUGCUGGAGACACAAAUGGAGCCCUUUCUAUGCCUGUGAUUCCCAUGAACACUGCAGCAGAGGCCAUCAUCAACAUGAUCAACCAAGGCCAAAUCCAGGUCACCAUCAAUAACUUCACAGUCAGCAACGGCCUGGCCACCACACAGAUCAAUAAUAAAGCCGCAACCGGGGAGGAGGUGUUGCGGACCAUCGUGGUAACGACCCGUUCCCAGUACGGUCUCCCUGAGGACUCUAUUGUCUACUGUAACUUCAACCAGCUCUACAAGAUUGAUCCGCCUACUCUUCAGAUGUGGGCCAAUAUCCUGAAGCGCGUGCCCAACAGCGUGUUGUGGCUUCUUCGCUUCCCCGCUGUUGGCGAGCCAAACAUCCAGCAGUACGCUCAGAACAUGGGUCUGCCUGCUUCUCGCAUCAUCUUCUCCCCUGUGGCUCCCAAGGAGGAGCAUGUGAGGAGAGGCCAGCUGGCAGACGUGUGCCUCGACACACCUCUGUGCAACGGACACACCACCGGCAUGGAUGUUCUCUGGGCUGGAACCCCCAUGGUAACUAUGCCAGGUGAGACUCUUGCGUCCCGCGUGGCUGCCUCACAGCUCAACUGUCUGGGCUGUCCAGAGCUGAUUGCUCAAACUCGUCAGGAAUACGAGGACGUAGCGGUCAAACUGGGUUCUGACAUGGAAUACCUAAAGAUGGUCAGAGCGCGUGUUUGGAAACACAGAAUCUGCAGUCCCCUGUUCAACACCAAGCAGUACACAAUAGACCUGGAAAGGCUCUAUCUGCAAAUGUGGGAACAUCACAGCAACGGCAGCAAGCCAGACCACUUGGUCAAACACCAAACAGUGGAGACCAGUGAGACCGCUUGAACUGGAAACUUUUAACCCUGAUCAGCAGCAUAGUUUGAACGGUCAGGUUUCACUCAAGCUCCCUGCCCUUCAACGACUGUUUCCAUAUUUCUCAUUUACUCUAAAGGGGGGACUCUUGCGUCGAAGGAGCCCACACACACACGUUCACACUUGGUCUCCCAUUAUGUUGUCGUCGAGUCACACAUCUGCUGAGCCAGAUCUGAAGCCUGAAAUAUUUUCAGGCAGUUUGUCUGAGACUCUUAUAUUGACACAUUUGAUGUACUUUGUGAGCAUGAGAAGGUUGUGAAUACCUUUAUUUCCCUUCAGUACUUUGGAACAGUGGGUUUUCCUUUGAGUCCUGCCGCGUGUGUACAGGACUAAUUGCAGCUUGUGGAGAGAAUGCACAGCCAUCUUUAAUUGUUCUAUUUAGACAUGGAUUAAGAGUGUUGUAUGUUUUAAAACAGCGUUGUUGCUCCAUUUAAAUUGUAGGUUUCAUCGGCUUUAUCAAGCAAUGAAUGAGACAUAAAUUGCAUCUUUUUUGUGUGUGUGUGUGUGUAAGCUGUUCUUAAAUGGCUGCAACAAGUAAACGUGCAAGUUUUCAAACACUUCCUUCCACAUAAAAUGCCAACUUUAUAUAAUUUUGUCAAAAGAUUUGUUCAGUAGGUGUUGUCCUAUUUGAUGUCAAACUGAGUUUGUCCUAAUUGGACAAAAAAGGAAUUUGGAAAGCACCUGAUCAUCAGUUAAAAGCAUAAAAAUGAUAUCGUAAUAGAUUUUAUUUUUGCUUUUUUUAACACAAGCCAGGAAUUGGAUUGGUAAGUAUGAUCUGAACAGUUUUUGUUUUGUAUUGUUUAACUGUAUGCUGUCAGUGAAGCUGCAAGUCUACAUAUAAUAAAAAAAUAGGGAUUGAAACCAAAA